AUGUCUCUCAAUCAGAAGAGUAAGCACUGCAAGCCUGAGGAAGAUGUUCAGGCCCCGGAAGAGGCACAGAGCCUGGAAGGUGUGCAGGCUCCCGUGGGUGAGGAGGAAGAAGCCGCUGCUGCCGCCGCCGCCACCUCUGCCCCCUCCUCCUCCUCUCUCACUCCCGUGAUCCCAGGCCCCCCAGAGGAGGUGCCUGCCACUGGAGCUCUGCAGCCUCUCCAGGGCCCUCCGAGAGCCUGCCUCUCACCCACUGCCACCACAGCCACUCCAUCGAGUCAGUCCGAUGAGAGUCCCAGAAGCCAAGAAGAGGAGGGGCCGAGCACCUCCCAGGCGACACUAGACCCCGAAGUGCUAAACAUGAGGGUGGCCAAGUUGGUGGAGUACCUGAGUGUCAAAUACAUAACAAAGGAGCCAGUCACCGAGGCAGAGAUGCUGAUGAACGUCAUCAAAGAGGACAAGGACCACUUCCCUGUGAUCUUCAAGAAAGUCUGUGAGUGCAUGGAGGUCGUCCUUGGCAUUGAAGUAAAGGAAGUGGACCCCGCCAGCCACACCUAUGCCGUCGUCAGAGCACUAGACCUCACCUACGACGGGAUGCUGAGCGAUGACCAGGGCUUGCCCAAGACCGGCUUCCUGAUACUUCUCCUGGGGAUGAUCUUCAUGGAGGGCAACUGUGUCCCCGAGGAGAAACUCUGGGAUAUGCUGAGCAUGAUGAGGGUGUAUCCCGGGCAGGAGGAUUUGGUCUACGGGGAGCCCAGGAAGCUCGCCACCCAAGAGCUAGUGAAGGAACAAUAUCUGGAGUACCGGCAGGUGCCCAACAGUGAUCCCCCCAGCUACGAAUUCCUGUGGGGUCCAAGGGCCCAUGCGGAAACCAGCAAGAUGAAAAUCCUGAAGUUUUUUGCCAGGCUCAGUGGGACCGACCUCACUUCCUUGCCAUCCUGGUAUGAGGAAGCUUUGAGAGAUGAGGAAGAGAGAGCCCAGGCCAGCGCUGCCUCCGGGGAUGAUACUCCUGCCGUGGCCUCUGCAAGUUCCAGUACCACGUCCAGCAGCCCCUCCCGCCCUGAGUGA